AUGGGACGCCGCGACGAGCCGCACAUUCCAGCGAGGGCACGUGACGCGGUAGCGCUGCCUGAGGUAAACAACCGCGGCCCCGCCUCCUGGCCCGUCCGCGCGCCCUGCAGUGCUGCUAGCCGGCGGGACGCGCUCCAGCAGGGCGGGCGGCUACCUCAGAGAGUCUUCAGCGGCCGCCGCGGGCCGGAGCAGCGGCGGCGGGCGCACGCGUCCCGGGUCUGCGGGCCGCUAGCGCCGGCAGGGGUCGAGCGCGCGUCCCCUCCCCGCCCCCACCGCGCGCUGUGGCGCAGCAGGAAUUUGGCGGGGACCCGGGCGCUAUUUGCAGCUCCUGACGCGCCGGCGGCUCUUCG